AUGCUGGCCCAACGGCGAAACUUGGCCUCCUCGACCUGGUUGCGUGGCCUACCUGAACGGUUUUUGAUUCUUGCGCCCUUCACAAUGGCCCAGACCGAAUUACGACUGAUCAAUACCAAUUACCGGCCAAUUGAUAAGCUGGAGUGUCUGAAGCGUGUGUUGGAGGGUAUUUCUCCUUCGGAUGCACAAUUACAACUCCCACCAACACCAGACCCUCGAAUCGUGUCAAUCCUCACGUAUGUUAUCAUCCAGACUCCAGCUUCUAUUCUUCUGCAUAUUGGUAAGAAGACAGUGGGUUGA